CUUCCUUCUUCUUCAGUUUAUCGGAUUUCUAUCUCUGGGAGAGAAAUCUAAAAUUAGGCGGUGAAUGAUUUAGAUUAGUAACAAGCAUCACACACACAGAUUGUUUGGUGUAGACAAAUUCAAACCCUAACCCUAGAUUGAUUGCGUACGGAGUUUCUCUUUGGUUAAAACCCCCACAAAAACUGGGAGAGCGAUGAGGAAAGAGGAGAUUCCAGAUAAAAGUCGGACUAUCCCGAUCGAUCCGAAUCUGCCGAAAUGGGUCUGCCAAAACUGUCACCACUCCCUUACCAUCGUCGGCGUCGAUUCCUACGCCGGCAAGUUCUUCAACGAUCCCCCUCCGUCCGCUACGCAGGGCUCAUCUAUCCAUGGAGCUAACAGUGUUCUUGGUUCAACACGCAUGGACAACUCUUUUGUUGUUUUACCUCGACAUAAGCCUCCUCAAUCUCAGGGCAUUCCUCCACGUCCUCGCGGGGCGUCCUCACCUCAGCCUGAUGCUACUCAAUCUGGAAAGGCGAUGGAGGAAUCGUUUGUAGUUGUCUAUAAGUCUGAGCCUGUUUCUGAUUCUGGUGGUUCUCACAAUCUGUCUCUUGAAGUGGGCCAAAACGGUCCCUUACAUUCAAAUACUUCUGGCUUUAAUGCGACUAUCAAUGUCUUAACUCGUGCUUUUGAUAUUGCUAGAACUCAGACACAGGUUGAACAGCCAUUGUGCUUAGAAUGCAUGAGGGUAUUGUCUGAUAAACUUGAAAAAGAAGUCGAGGAUGUGACGAGGGACGUGGAAGCAUACGAAGCAUGCGUUCAGAGGUUAGAAGGAGAGACGCAAGAUGUUCUUAGUGAAGCUGAUUUUCUCAAGGAAAAGAAGAAGAUUGAGGAAGAAGAAAGAAAACUUGUUGCAGCUAUAGAAGAAACAGAGAAACAAAAUGCUGAAGUAAACCAUCAACUGAAGGAGCUAGAAUUCAAGGGAAAUCGUUUUAACGAACUUGAAGAUCGGUAUUGGCAAGAGUUCAAUAAUUUUCAGUUUCAAUUAAUUGCCCAUCAGGAAGAGAGAGAUGCAAUCUUGGCAAAGAUUGAAGUUUCACAAGCACAUUUAGAGUUAUUAAAUAAGACAAAUGUACUUAUUGAUGCCUUCCCCAUACGGAAUGAUGGGGAAUUUGGUACAAUUAACAAUUUUCGACUUGGAAGACUCCCUGCCAUAAAAGUUGAGUGGGAUGAGAUCAAUGCUGCUUGGGGCCAAGCCUGUCUUCUCCUCCAUACGAUGUGUAACUAUUUCCGGCCAAAGUUUCAAUGUCAAGUUAAAAUACAGCCGAUGGGGAGUUAUCCUAGAAUUGUAGACAGCAACAACGAAACUUAUGAGCUGUUUGGUCCUGUUAACUUGUUUUGGAGCACUCGGUACGAUAAAGCCAUGACACUGUAUUUGAUGUGUCUUAAAGACUUUGCUGAUUUUGCAAAUUCAAAGGACCAAGAGAACAAUAUUCCACCAGAUAAUUGCCUCAACCUUCCAUACAAGCAAGUCCCCAUUCUUUUAGACCAAAAUCUUUGUCGUCGCUUAUCUUUUUUUGUUAAUGGGUGCAAUGGAAAAACUUACAAGUUUCUCAUAUAAAAUCUUUUUUGCAGGAUCGAAAAGGACAAAGUAUUGGGGUAUUCAAUAACACAGAGCUUCAACAAGCAAGAGAGUUGGACCAAAGCACUAAAGUAUACUCUCUGCAACCUCAAAUGGGCUCUCUACUGGUUCGUUGGAAACACUAAUUUCCAACCUCUCUCUGCGACGGUCUCUCUGCCUUCUAAUAUAUCAGCGGCUGGUUCCUUGUACGCCAAGCGAGGUCCUGACUCUAGUAAGCCUUCAUGUAAAAAAACUUAGAAACUCGUGAUAGACUGAAUCAACGACUUUGUGAAUAGUUUAUAAGCAUUUAUGUCAUAGCAUCAUCGAAUAAUAAGAAACAUUGAUGCUUUUAAGUUUUUUUCCCUUUUUUUGUACAGUCUGAUUUGUGUGAUUAUAGGCCUUUUUAUUUCGUUAGUACUUUCAAGCUUUGUGCUUCUUUUCCGGAUUCGACAACGCGAAAGACUAAACAUAAAUCAUUAAUUUUUGAUCUGUUAAACAUAAAU